AUGGCUGCUCAGAUCGGAUACCACCUGGACCCGAUCGGCAAACACGACCUGGCAGUUAUAUGUGUGUUCUCGGCCAUAUAUGCGCUGGAUUUGUUGGCCGUGUUGUAUCUCAUCCGGAACCGCAACUACCCGUCACUCAAAUCGAAGAGCCCCGGAAUCCUAGUUGCAGCGUACUUUUCCAGUAUCCUCUGGUUUGUUGGGGACAUUCAAGUGAAUGGGCUCGUUCAUCUGCACGGAACCCCAUUGACCAACUGCAAGCUGUUUGGUGUGUGGCUGCGCAUUAUCCUUGGUGUGUGCACUGUCAGCUCCCUGGUUGCCUUACGGGCGUACAGCCUGUUCCGCGUGUUCAAGCAGAAUCGGCCAUUCAAGGGGCUGGGCAUGUAUAUUCCUUUUAUCAUUUACAGCAUAUGGCUCGUAUCGUACGGUAUCGUUUCGCAGGUGCUGGCACCAAGCAUUACGAUAAAGUACAUGGAUAUACUUGAUGUCUGUGUGUACACACAUGCCUACAAAGCCUCACUAUUCAUCUUCUUGUGGAUCACCUGGCUAUACGUUGCUGCUGUAAACUGGAAGAUCCGCAAUAUCAAGAGCUCGUUCAACGAGAGCCGCGAGAUGGGAUUCAGCUGUGCAGUCGUAUUUGCUGUCUUGACGUUUACCACCGUACUCAAGUACGUGCGACCGGCGUAUCUGUUUGACCGAAAGCUGCGGCUCGUUACCACCAGUCUUGACCAUAUUGCCGUGAAUCUUGUGUGGUGGCGGCUUGCUGGAGUUCCCCUGGUUAACUGCAUGCUCAGACAGAAGCAGUACUUGCAUUACUGGACGAACAAGUUGUCAGAAGACGGGCUGCAGCAAAAGUACGAUGUUGGGUCCUAUGUGAUCAGUAACAGCAGCAUACUGUAUUCUGAGAAGCUGUCUCAAAUCGGCUCAUACAGAGCUGGACAGAGUAAGUUUGAGCACGAGAGCCGUCCUGACAGCCCGAUCGCGUGGUCCUCACACAAUAUCAGCAGUCCUGAAGUCGGCAACUACACAACUGCCGAGCCUACAAAGCCUGCUACGGCAGCCACGCUGGUAGAUUCUAGUCUCCCACCAAAUGCUCUAUUUGAUCUGAGAAAGACGGACCCACGCAAGACUAUACGACGCAAAGAGCAUUUGCGACAUGCAAGCGCUGCAAAGGAUCAAGUAUUUCUCCCUGUGCGGCCGAUGUCGCCCUCUCCAGUGUACCCGAACAUCUCGCCACCGCCCUCUGCAUAUCGGCUGACCGACCGAACCCCAGGAUUUGUGUACAUGUGGGGCCAGGAUAGCGAUAAUGCGAGUCUUGAAUACCUACAGGCUGGUCGCCGUUUAAUUUAG